UGUUUUAUGGGUGGAUGAAAGCAAAGAUUGGUAUUUUUAAUUUUUAAUUUUUUUUUGUAACAUCAAAAGUUCAUUUUUGAGGCAAACAGAAAAUCCAGCUUAUUAUAGUUUACUGGGACUAACAACCCCCGGACAAAUUUGGAAAAAAAUUCAGCUAAUGUGGGUGGUGCUUUAAGGAACAAUGAGACAGAGCCUAGUGUGGGGAUAGAUGGUGAGGGGAUAAGCAAGGCUGUAGUAAGCGCCGUUACCAAUUUGGUACUUUGUGGUUAUAGUUUUCUCCAAGUUGCGUUUGAAGAAAUUAUGAACAUGGGUAAAACUGAGAAACUCUAUCAAUCAACCAACUGGACAUUGAAGUAUGUCACCGGAGAUUUAUUCUCCUGUCCACGCGAUGAAUCCUUGGCCCACUGCAUCAGUGAAGACUGUCGCAUGGGAGCAGGCAUAGCGGUGAUGUUCAAGAAGAAGUUUGGUCGAGUCUCAGAGUUAAAGGAGCAGAAGAAGCUGCCGGGGCAGUGUGCUGUCCUGACACAUGAUCAACGUUUCAUCUACUAUCUGAUCACAAAGAAAAAAGCCAGCCAGAAACCCACGUAUGUCAACCUAAGACAGAGUCUGGAAGACAUGAAAUCUCACUGCUUAGAAAAUGGUGUCAAUAGGAUAUCAAUACCCCGGUUUGUAGGAACUACUGUGAAUAAAUGACUAUAAUAAAUACCCUUAAAUCUUCUUCUUUAUUGGGAAUAAUUAAUCAAUUUGCUUGUCUCGUAUCUCCUCCCUCGGAAUUGGCUGUGGCCUGGACCAGCUGCAGUGGUCAAAGGUGUCAAAGAUCCUGGAACAGAUCUUUAAAGAGACAAAUAUCUCCAUCACAGUGUACAGCCUGCCCUGUGUUGGGUCAAAGCUUCAAAUGCAUGCCGUGUAGUACAUUUUCAUUGGGGGUUUUUUAGCUUUAAAUCCUUUAUAAUCUCUUAAAAUUUUGGAUGAAAUCAACACUCCUUAAACAGUUUUAAGGAAACAAUAAAUAAGGAAACAAUAAAAACCUCCCCAAAAGAUGUUUACAUACAAGACUUUUAACAUCCCACUGAUGUAAAAAUGAUGUUUCCUUCCAUUAAAGAUACAAAACUUAUUGUAAACACUGAUGUUGCACUCUGUCACUAUCGUACUACAUGAUGCUACUACUAAAUCAUGCUACACAAAAUGAUCCAACAAAUCACCUGAGGCAGGUAAAAUACAAUAGUUAUGCCUAAAAUUUGUUUUUUGUUUUUCUAAAUCUAUAUAGUUGUUGAAAACGUAGCUUUUCCUGUGAAUCUGUAAAUCUAAAAUGUGAAAGAGUUUGCUUCUCUAGCUUUAUUUUCCUGACCCAAAUUCAGGAGCAAGGUUGUUGUCACAAGAUUUUUUUUUUGUCAUGAGUUUUUAGUGAUUCUGAUGCUUGACUUUUUUAGUAUUUGUAACCUGUGAAUUAUGUUGUACAGAAUAUUAGGACUUAUAUCUUUGUAAAUAAAAUUUAAGACAACAGCUUCAUUUUAUUGCAAGGGAUGACCUUUACCUGCUCAGACAACAGGCAACGGUAUGUAGGAAAAUGCAAUUUGAAAUUUUUAUAAAUUUCUUAGUUUGCCUCAAAAAUGAACUUUUGAUGUUACAAAAAAAAAUUAAAAAUUAAAAAUAC